AUGGCAUCCGCACUCUCUACUAAAGAUGCACCUGCUGCACUCGGUCCCUAUUCACAAGCCGUGAAACUACCUGCUGCCAGUGAAUUGAUAUUUGUCUCUGGUCAGAUUCCUCUCACCCCGAAUGGAGUCUUGGUUAGCGGUACCAUCGCAGAAGAGUUAGCUACUGCUCUCAGCAAUGUGCAGGCGAUUCUCAAGGAGGCUGGAGCUACACUAGAGAAUGUCGUCAAGUCUACCGUUUUCCUCUCCGACAUGGAAUACUUUGGUGAAGCCAAUGAGGAAUACCUCCGCUGGUUCACAUGGGAUUUGAAGCCGGCGAGAAGCUGUGUGGCGGUAAAGCAACUUCCUAAGAAUGCCCGCGUGGAGGUGGAAUGUAUUGCUCGCAUCUAG